CAUCAGCCAGACUCUUCUGUGUGACCUUUCACUGCCGUGCACGACCACAGGCCAUUGCCGUGAUGACUGCAAAAGCAGAGCUUUCAAGCUGGCCGGAGUACCCAGAGGAUUUCACCCUGCUGCCGCAGCGCAACAUUCCCUACAUCAACUCCAAGACUUGGAUUUCUUCUAAUUCACUCCAUGCGUUCUCCAGGAGGGACGCGCACGGCGCUGGAGACGCGGGCCUCUCGCUGGACAAACUUGUGCCAAUGAGUAAACUUCCUGACUGCGUGUCCGCUGCAGGCAUCGCAGAGACAGACUCUGACAAGGCAGCAGAGGGAGACAAGGCGAGCCACUUUGGCCCGCAGAAACACAGGCGCGUCGCAGCCAACGCCAGGGAAAGGAGAAGGAUGCACGGCCUCAACCAAGCGUUUGACGAGCUGAGGAGCGUCAUCCCCUCGCUGGAAAACGAGAGGAAGUUGUCCAAGUAUGACACCCUCCAAAUGGCGCAGAUUUACAUCACUGAGCUGUCGGAGCUGCUGACCGGUGUGGUUCACCCGGAGUGCAGGAGUCCCCGUCCAGGCGCAGCGGACAAGACCUCCAGGAGGAGUCUGAUUCACUCGCUCACUGACUUGGGUUCAAAUCAAUCAAUGACUUCUUCCAACAGCAGUGAUGGGGAAUCUUCGCACCUCAGUGACACGGAGGAAAGUCUGAGUGGAAGACAGUAACCAGGAAACCACUGAUUCUCACUGUUUAUGCCGCAGUGUCUGUCAUAGAAAGAACCAGGAGAGCCAAAAACUACAGCUUGUAGACAUGUUGAUCAUAUCAAAUAGUCCUCUAUAUUCUCCUGUUAUUUUUAAUAGCUUAGAUGACG